UUGAAAAGGCGGCCCCGAAGAGGCGUGGGCGCACCCCAGAAGCUUCCAGCUCCGACCUCGGCUCUGCGCGCUCGCUGCCCGGCUCGCUCUCUCCCUCCGGCCGGGGCCGCGGGUUCGGUCCCGCCGCCGGUGCGCUCCGGAUCCUUCUCGCUCCCGCCCGGGAGCCGGGUCCUCGCACAAGAUGAGGCUGGCUCUUCUCCUGCCUUGGGCGUGCUGCUGCCUCUGCGGGUCGGCGCUGGCCACCGGCUUCCUCUACCCCUUCUCGGCCGCGGCCCUCCCGCAGCACGGCUAUCCCGAGCCCGGCGCCGGCUCCCCGGGCAGCGGCUACGCGGGCCGCCGGCACUGGUGCCAUCACACGGUGACGCGGACCGUGUCCUGCCAGGUGCAGAACGGCUCGGAGACCGUGGUCCAGCGCGUGUACCAGAGCUGCCGGUGGCCCGGGCCCUGUGCCAAUCUCGUGAGUUACAGGACCCUCAUCAGACCCACGUACAGGGUGUCCUACCGCACGGUGACCGCGCUGGAGUGGAGGUGCUGCCCUGGCUUCACCGGGAGCAACUGUGACGAGGAAUGCAUGAACUGCUCCCGGCUCACGGACAUGAGCGAGCGGCUGACCACGCUGGAGGCCAAGGUCCUCCUGCUAGAAGCAGCCGAGCAGCCCUCGGGCCCUGACAAUGACCUGCCGGUGCCCCAGAGCACACCGCCCCCCUGGAACGAGGACUUCCUGCCUGACGCCAUCCCCCUGGCCCACCCGGGACCCCGGAGGAGGAGGCCCACGGGCCCAGCUGGGCCCCCCGGACAGACAGGACCACCAGGACCUGCAGGACCACCAGGCUCCAAAGGGGACCGGGGCCAGAUGGGAGAGAAGGGCCCAGUGGGGCCUCCAGGGCUCCUGGGCCCACCAGGGCCCCGUGGGCUUCCUGGAGAGACGGGGCGCCCCGGGCCCCCAGGACCCCCUGGCCCAGCAGGCAGUCCAGGCCUCUCACCAAACGACCCCCAAGGUGUCCUCUACUCCCUGCAGCCACCCACGGACAAGGACAAUGGGGACUCUCAGCUGGGACCUGCUGUCGUGGACACAGUGCUGGCGGGGGUCCCUGGGCCGCGGGGUCCUCCUGGCCCCCCGGGUCCCCCAGGACCGCACGGCCCCCCGGGACCUCCAGGAGCCCCAGGAUCCCAGAGUGAGCCUGGCAUGACCUCAGAAGAAGGGGACAAAGCCGCCACCACAGAGGGCGAGGGGGUGCAGCAGCUGCGAGAGGCGCUGAAGAUCCUGGCGGAGAGAGUCCUCAUCCUGGAGCACAUGAUCGGCAUCCAUGAUCCCCAGGCCUCCCCUGAGGGGGGCUCUGGCCAGGACGCUGCCCUGAGAGCCAACCUCAAAAUGAAGCGGGGUGGCCCCCAACCUGAUGGUGCCCUGGCUGCCCUCCUGGGGCCCGAACCUGCGCAGAAGAGCACUGGCCAGGCCAGCGGCAGGAAGUGAGGUCCAGAUCUCCAGGGCAAGCCCAGCUCUGGCGAAAGACUUGCCUGGGCAGUGCUGCCACUGGACCUGGAGGAAGCCCAUGAGGGACACAGCCUGGACAAUUGUGAAGGACACUGGCUUGGGGGCCUUGGGGGUAGAUGGCGCCUCCAGGAUGGGGUUCCAAGGGGACUGGCACCCUUGGCAGAGCCUGCCCCUUGCCCUGUCCACCCUACCCCAGUCCCUGCUGGAGACAGGGUCUGGGUGGGCUGGGUGUCAGCUGAGAAUAACCAUAGUCUUCGUCAUUUACAGUCCCCAUGGUGUCUGGGCUCGUCCAGGGAGCUUUCGUCAUGUAACCUGUAGGAGGUAGGCUUGUUAUCCCCACUUGAUGUGGGGUCUUGGGCUCAGAGGGCAUAAAUAACCUAUGAAGGCCCCAGGAUCAGGGGUGCCCUAACAGGAUUUGAACCCUGGCUUCUUGGGUCCUGAAGCCCUGUCCCUUGGACCAGUUUCUUCCUUUUCAUGAGGAAGCAGACAAGAGGGUGCAGGUGGGGCCACAGGAGGAGGAGUUGACCUGACAUGGAGCCCACAAGGCCCCCAGUCUCCCUUUGUGCCCUUCCCGGGGCUGCAGAGGGGGCUGGCUUGAAGCUGCUCUCUGAGACCAGGGAGACCUAAAUAUACCAGGCUGUCAUGUGGACUUGGGGACUGUGAGAUGGCGAUGGGAAGGCCUCUGACCAAACUGGCAAUGCCCAUCUCUCCUGCCCAGUCUCUGCACCCAUCCACAGCCUUACCAGCCCUUCCACCCACCAUGGCAGGAGGACACGUUUAUCAGGGCUGGUCAUUGGUGCUACAAAGCCCCCACUCCUCCCAGUCCCUCUGAUCUCUGGAGUCUGUCACACCUGGGGGACAUGGCACACUGGAGAGAGCUACCCAGAUAUCAGGUCUGCUGGGGGUUCUGGCAGGAUCCAGGGCAGAGGCCAGCGAGGUCCAAGUGGCCCAGAGCAGCUCAGACCACAGCCCAUGAGGCCUCUCAGUCCCCAGUUCUCUGUGACCUGCCUGUCCCGAUGUUCCUCUCAUGCUGGGCCAGGACCCAGGACUCAACCACAGCAGAAACUCAGAGACUAGAAGGUGCUGGCACCACUCGGUGGCCGUCACCCUGCAUGGCAGGAGUGGUCACCCUGGCGCCCUUGGCGCUCGCAUGAGGCUGCAGCUAGGUCCUGCUGGGCCCAGAUGCCUCUCCUAAGGCAGGUCUGCUCAACCUCAUGGAGGGGCGCUCAAGGCCUGUGACAUUUUUCUUGUAUCUGACAAUAAAGGUGCUGUCCCUCCCCA